CCGAUGCUCCUCAGUUGCUAGGUAACCUCCGCAGGGGGCGGCGAGCGCUGCUGCGUUGCCGGUGCGCGGUGCAUCAGCAGGUCGCUGGCUGCCCGUGUUACCGUCCACUCGGCUGCUGCAGCGUGUGCUCGCGGGCGUCCGUCGAAGCUAACGCGCUGUGAGACGGAGCAUGGACGAAGGCGCGGAGCUGUCACUGACCAUCGCUCACGUCGUCCAGCGGCUGAGGGGGAGCCAUCUACACUCCCAGAUAGAGAGGCAAGCCAAGGAGUGUUUACACCAACCUGAGAUUAAACUGGAGUCUCUUAAAGAGGACGUGCGCUGUUUCCUCAAAACAUCAGGCUGGGAGAAGAAGCUACAGAAUGCUGUGUACAGAGAACUGCACGUGCAGCUGCCCCCGAGCCAUCCCUCGGCCCCUCCAGAGCAUCUCAAAGAGCCGCUGGCCUACAUGCGGAAGGCACAAGCCAACUGGGAGAAACGCGUCCUCAAAAGCCUGAACAGCAUGAGCACUGAACUGGAAGUGCCCCUGGCUCGUAAAAGGCCUGCAGUGGAGCAGAAGGAGCUCACCAAUAAAUGGAACGAGAUGGGCACAGAUGAAUCAGAUUUAAGUCGCUUCAGGCCUGUUUACGCCCCCAAAGACUUUUUGGAGGUGUUAAUCAGUUUGCGGAAUCCCAAUCAUGAUAAUAGCGAGGACGUCGGGCCCAGGAGCCACUGGGGUCUCAUACAAGUUCCACUCAACGUCAGAGACAUCCCACAGUUGCGACGAGCGUACUCAGAGCUGAACCUGACAACUGGGCAGUUGGGGAUUGAUGACCACGCACACAUUCACCCAGACUUGUUUGAAAAUGAAUAUGUUCAAAUCGGGAAAAAAGUGAUUGUGGAGCAGGACAGUGCAGCGGCGCAGCAGUACAGCAGGCAGGGCUGCCCCACUGGUCUCCGGGCAGACCUGUGGGCCCUCAUCCUUAACUCCACUAACCAGCCACAGGAUGUGAUGCAUUAUGAACAGCUGAAGGCUGGCGUUAUACAACACGACUUGCUGAUAGACAACCUCAUCUAUAAAGAUGUGAAGCUUACUGCCAGUAACGAUGACUACUACUUUGUCUUUGAAGAUUUCCUCUAUCAGGUGUUGCUGUGCUUCUCCCGGGACACCGCCGUCCUGGAGCACUUCAAAUACAACAGCGCCACCCCUCCCAAAUCCUACAUUCAGGGAAAAGUAGGAAAUGAGGAGUGUGCUGUUGUUUAUCCUCCCAACGGUGUAAUCCCUUUCCAUGGAUUUUCAAUGUAUGUGGCACCUUUGUGUUUCUUGUACAACGAACCAUCAAAGCUCUACAGCGUGUUCAGAGAACUGUACAUCCGGCAUUUCUUCCGACUCCACUCCAUCUCCUCUUCUCCCUCGGGUAUAGUGUCUUUGUGCUUGCAGUUUGAGCAGCUCCUCCAAACCCACCUGCCUCAACUCUUCUACCACCUCCGACAGAUCGGUGCACAGCCGUUGCGUAUUGCCUUUAAGUGGAUGGUCCGAGCUUUCUCUGGCUACCUGUCUACUGACCAGCUGCUUCUUCUCUGGGACAGAAUCCUUGGAUAUGAUUCACUAGAGGUGGUUGCAGUCCUAGCAGCUGCCGUGUUCGCCUUCCGAGCCGAGAACCUGAUGGAAGUAACGUCACUGGCUUCAGCUGAGGCUGUCCUCGCUGACCUUUCAACUCUGAAGGUCAUGCCACUCAUCCAGGUCUUUCUGUUCGCCACCGCCAUCUGACGAGUGUGAUACUGCAGCACGGGUGGUGGAGCCUACUGAACACGGCACUCACAAGAUGUCGAGACAACACAAAUGCCAGGCAUAAACACAUCGGUGUCACUGGUCAUCUGUCAAGAAACAUCAGGUCAAAGUGUGGGAUGUCACAGACUAAUGAAGGAAAACCUAGACAGCAAUUACACACUACUUCUUGCAUUGGCUGAAGCCAAAGGCCAAACCCGUCCUUAGCAUGUAUGCACCAUAAAUAGUGACUAUGUUGUACUGUGUUAACAGACAUUGGACAAUGUGUAAGAGCAGCUCACAGGGCAGUGAGGUUAAACUAACUGCCUUCAGCCAUAUGUUUUACAGGAAAGAUGAUCCAUGCAGCAGAUAUGCUCAUCAGAGAGGAGUUGCAUGAAGCAGUCAUUGUAUUACGAUGGCGGCGUGUGGGAGAAGACAACGGUAGCAUCUCCAAGCUUGGCUAAUGAAGUGUUAAUUAGGUCAUGCAAUUUAUUCUGCUCUGCGGCCCCUGCUUGUUUUAACACUGUUAGAUACUGCUGUUACUGAUGAAUGAGGAGAUUAGAGGCACCAUUGUGUUGGGAGAAACAGGAGCAGCAAACUGAAUCAAACUGUAAUUUAUUUAUUAAGGAACUGCACUAAUGGAGACAUUAGGCACCUGUAGUGCUAUUUAUUUUAUUUAAAUCAGAACAUUUAAUGGCUUUUUGUCCAUUUUAAAUAUGCCUAUAAUUACUGAAUGGAUUCCUUGUAUAAUAAUAAUAAUAAUGUAUAAUGUUUAAUGUAUUGUUCAAACUGCUGUCCUUCAUCUAAAGCAUUUUACAUUAAAACAUCAUUUUGCUGAA